CUUUGACAUUUAGUGUAGAGUGUUUUUGUUUAUGUAUGUCGCAAUGACUGAAGUAUAAGACUUUGCCGAACAUUUGCCGCUUCACACUUGUGCAUAUGAACAGUUCUAUAACUGAUAUCAAGUUCAGGGUGAGAAAUGCCACGUAUAACACAACAUAUUCCACAUUCUCAAGGAAAGAACCAGAGUUUAAGUGUUCUUACAGUAUGUACAGCACAUCAAAUACAAGGCUAAGUCCAUCAUUAAAUGUGCACAAAAAGGCUGUUUUACCUUUGAAGACGGGCAACACAGAGUAUAUGGAAAAAUACAGAUAUCCUGUUCCUGCUGAAGCAGCUGUGUAUAUGGAGAAACCAGUGACAUCUGUUUGUAAGGGCAAUACGAUUCAACGAAGUGAAUUAAAUCCAUUUGACUGUAGCAUUGUAAAGCACAUGGAUCCAUACAUAAGUGUGUCCCGUCUCAUGAUUGAAAACUCUACACCAAUGUGGAAGGAUGAUCACAUACUUCCUACUCGUGAAGGUUACACUAAAGUUUCAAGUAAGUUUCAUCAGCCUGUAUAUGAUCGCUCGAUCCUUAGCUCCAAACCGACUUACAGAAACUGGGUUGCACCUCCUCGAAGUCUCAGGAAUACAGGUGUGCAGUCUGAGACGAAUUACCAGUACAGUCGGCUAACAAAUGUCUGCAGCAGAAGCAGUCAAUAUCCAGUCAAGUGUGACAUUGCUGCACCACGCAUCAUGAGUUCUGUGAAUUAUGUUACUGAAUAUGACCACAUUGGUCGCAAGUGGCCUGUCAGAGCUGUUGUUGAUCCAGGCACAGGCCAAAUUGAAUUAGUCAGCCACACUACAUUCAGAAUUUCUUUUGGAGAGCAAAUUGCUGCUCAUGGUCAACAUGACACCAUCAACUUACAGGAGAGCCAAUGGUAGUGGCUUUUGCAGGACUGAUGUAACAGUGUUCAUCACAAGACUGAAGUGAAGAUUAUCAGAGCCUUGAUGGAGUCCUUGAUUGUGCUAAAGAAGUCAUUUCACUCUCCUGCUGUGGUCUGGACAUCACUUCUAAGUUCUAAAUACACCAGAUGGACCUACCUGACAAAGUACGCUGUGGGAUACCUCAUGUCGAGCUUGAACAUUGAGGUAUGCUGAAAUAUGAUGUGUGGUGCUUGAUACUUUUGUAAAAAGAAGUGUUUGAAAUCCUUCAUUGUGUCAUUCAGAAGCCAGGUUGGACAGGAACUUAGAAAACAAUGGAAGAAGUUUCAUACUUAUUUUAUUUUAUUUUUAUUUCUUAGUUGCAUUCAGUUGCUAGUAAGCAGAUACUGUAAUAUUUUUGGAAGUAUCGUUUGUUAUAACAGAAUAUUAGGGGAUUGAAAAAUAAGG